CUUGUGUGAGACCAAGGUUUUGAGCCAUGGAGCAAAAAGGUUGGACUCUGCAGUGUACUGCUUUCGCCUUCUUUUGCAUUUGCUGUGCACUGAACAGUGUAAAGGGGAAGAGGCAGUUUGUCAAUGAAUGGGCGGCGGAGAUCCCCGGAGGGCCAGAAGCUGCCUCUGCCAUCGCCGAAGAAUUGGGCUAUGACCUCUUGGGUCAGAUUGGAUCACUUGAAAAUCACUAUUUAUUCAGACACAAAAAUCAUCCUCGAAGGUCCCGAAGAAGUGCCCUUCAUAUCACUAAGAGAUUAUCUGAUGAUGAUCGCGUGAUAUGGGCUGAACAACAGUAUGGAAAAGAGAGAAGUAAACGUUCAGUUCAAGGAGACUCAGCAUUGAAUCUCUUCAAUGAUCCAAUGUGGAAUCAGCAGUGGUACUUGCAAGAUACCAGAAUGACUGCAGCUCUUCCCAAGCUGGACCUUCAUGUCAUACCUGUUUGGCAAAAGGGUAUUACUGGCAAAGGAGUUGUUAUUACUGUACUGGACGAUGGCUUGGAGUGGAAUCACACAGACAUUUAUACCAAUUAUGAUCCAGAAGCUAGCUAUGAUUUUAAUGAUAAUGAUCAUGAUCCAUUUCCCCGAUAUGAUCCCACAAAUGAAAACAAACACGGAACAAGAUGUGCAGGAGAAAUUGCCAUGCAAGCAAAUAAUCACAAGUGUGGGGUUGGAGUUGCAUACAAUUCCAAAGUUGGAGGCAUAAGAAUGCUGGAUGGCAUUGUAACUGAUGCCAUUGAGGCUAGUUCAAUUGGAUUCAACCCUGGCCAUGUGGAUAUUUACAGUGCAAGCUGGGGCCCUAAUGAUGAUGGGAAAACUGUGGAGGGGCCUGGUAGACUAGCCCAGAAGGCAUUUGAAUAUGGUGUCAAACAGGGGAGACAAGGGAAAGGCUCCAUUUUUGUCUGGGCUUCAGGGAAUGGGGGUCGUCAGGGAGAUAAUUGUGACUGUGAUGGCUACACAGACAGCAUUUACACCAUCUCUAUCAGCAGUGCCUCCCAGCAAGGCCUGUCACCCUGGUAUGCAGAGAAGUGUUCCUCCACGCUGGCCACCUCCUACAGCAGUGGUGAUUUCAAAGACCAGCGAAUAACAAGUGCUGACCUGCACAAUGACUGCACGGAGACUCACACAGGCACCUCAGCUUCAGCACCUCUGGCUGCUGGUAUCUUCGCUCUAGCCUUGGAAGCAAACCCAAAUCUUACCUGGCGAGAUAUGCAGCAUCUGGUUGUCUGGACCUCUGAGUAUGACCCAUUGGCCAAUAACCCAGGUUGGAAAAAGAAUGGGGCAGGCUUGAUGGUGAACAGCCGAUUUGGCUUUGGCUUGCUAAAUGCCAAAGCUCUGGUGGAUUUGGCCGAUCCUAGGACCUGGAGGAAUGUGCCUGAGAAGAAAGAGUGUGUUGUAAAAGACAAUAACUUUGAGCCUAGAGCCCUGAAAGCUAAUGGAGAAGUGAUUGUUGAAAUCCCAACAAGAGCUUGUGAAGGACAAGAAAAUGCUAUCAAGUCUCUGGAACACGUACAAUUUGAAGCAACAAUUGAAUAUUCUCGUAGAGGAGACCUGCAUGUCACACUCACUUCUGCUGCUGGAACCAGCACCAUACUGUUGGCUGAAAGGGAAAAGGAUACAUCCCCCAAUGGCUUUAAGAAUUGGGACUUCAUGUCUGUUCAUACAUGGGGAGAGAAUCCUGUCGGCACCUGGACAUUGAAAAUUACAGACAUGUCUGGAAGAAUGCAAAAUGAAGGAAGGAUUGUGAACUGGAAGUUGAUUUUGCAUGGGACAUCUUCUCAGCCAGAGCACAUGAAGCAGCCUCGUGUGUACACGUCCUACAAUACUGUCCAGAAUGACAGAAGAGGAGUGGAAAAGAUGGUGAAUGUUGUGGAGGAGUACCCCACACAAAAGAGCCCAAAUGGAAAUCUCCUGGUACCCCAAAUCUCCAGCAGCAGCAGUGUGGAGGGCAGAAGGGAUGAGCAAGUACAAGGAACACCCUCAAAGGCCAUGCUAAGGCUCCUACAAAGUGCUUUCAGCAAGAACGCACUUUCAAAGCAAUCGCCAAAGAAGUCUCCAAGUGCAAAGCUCAGCAUUCCUUAUGAGAGUUUCUAUGAAGCCCUGGAAAAGCUCAACAAGCCCUCCCAGCUUGAAGACUCUGAAGACAGUCUGUACAGCGACUAUGUUGAUGUUUUCUAUAACACAAAACCUUAUAAGCAUAGAGAUGACAGACUGCUGCAAGCUCUUGUGGACAUUCUCAAUGAGGAGAAUUAAAAUAAGUGUGUGGCCUCAGUUGGAAAUCUUCAUGCACCCUCCUUUUCCUUAGAUGUUCCUGAGUCCAGGAGUUGUUGUGUCCCUGAUUCCUAUGCUUAUAAUGUCCUUCACUGUAAUUUUACUUUUUCUCCUCAAACUUACUUUUGGAGUGAGUUCUAAAAUGAAAGCCAACUUCAUCAUUAGUCUCACAGUUUAAGAAUAUGUCUUCCUUGUCUAUCCUGUCUAUACAAGUGAAGCAAAUUCUUUCUAAAGUCACUGUUGGGACACAGCCCUUUGCCACAGUAGAACAGUUCCUAAAGCCUCCCCAUUUCAUAUCUCACAAGAAUAGGACAAAAGUGGGAGAUUCAUUUUAUUUGGAAAAGUAAUUUACAAAGGUAGCUUGGGGGCUACAGUUUAUUCUGUUCCCCUAUUUUUUGCAAUGGGGUUCAUUGAAUUUUGAUAACAAGGAAGCAUUUAUAUAGCAUCUAAUGAAAAAGUUCACAACUAAGUCUUUCUACAACAUGUAUUGCUCAUGAUGAGGCUGAUAAUCUGCCCAUUUUGGAGGAUCUAGAAUAAGAUGCAGUAUUUAAAUUAAAAACAGAUCUUAAAAUUUAAUUAGCUAGAAUAGUCAAACCAUGUUCCUCUUGAUUGGUGUAGAAGUCUCUGUGGGUGAAAGGUAGUUGUGACCCAUGUUGUAUCAGACUUGGGCUUCUAUUUCCCCCUUGUCCUGUAUGUUUUCUUUUUGAGCCACAAACUUAAAACUCAAAGAACUAAUUCAUGCCAUUUUCUUAGAACAAAAUUAUGCUUGAGUUUUGAAAAAUUCCUUGUCAUAGUUUUGUUUAAUAACAUAGUUUUUGUUCAAUAACAAGGAGCCACUCAACAAUAUAGAGAACCAAUGUAAUAACAGGGAAAAUGUUAAUAAAGCAGAGAAGCAACAAGAUGCGUUUUGCAAGCUGUGUUCCCAGGACAGGUUCUUCUGUCUCUCUAUGUGAGUGGUCAUUUAUGGACACCACAGGGUCUUCUCUAGUCUGAGAGGACAGUAUUUAAAUUCUUACCAAAAUGCUUCCAUGUUUCAAAUUAGAAAACAGGUGGGCAACACUUAGGUCUUAUUUGUAUUUUCCGUAAGUUAUGCAGAAUAUUUCAGAAGUGUGAAGGACAGAUGAAAGUAUGAGAUCACACAUGAAACCUGAUUAUCAGAACCAUCUUCCAUCACAGCAAUAGCUAGACAGAGAUAACUCCUUCCAAUUUAAAAUUCAAAGUCCAGCCUUCCCUGGCCCACUUUUUUUUUUCUACAAUAGCCACUUUAUUUGGUUACUACACACCAUCCAAUAGCCAUUUAUUCCUUUUUAAUUAUCAGUUACAGGAAGUAAGGUUUCAUUUUGACAUUCUCAUAUACAUGUUUUAUGUGCUUGUACAAUGUCCAGCCUGCACUAGCAUCUCUUUUGUCUCUCCUUGGUUGUCCUUUUGCUCUUUACGAGUAUUUCCACUUCCAAUUCCAUGUCUUUUUAUCUAGUCCAGAUUCCAUAUAUAAGAGUAAAUGUGAUGUUUGUCUUUCUAUGCAUGUAACUUUGCCCACUCGUAUACUAAGUGAAUCUAUAUAUGGUGUAAAUGCAUUAGGGAAAGUAUUUCCUGCAAUUAUUUCCAAGCAGUCUCUGACAUUAAUAAUUGAGUUUGCUAUGAGCUAGUUAAAUUGUUGCAUUUAUAAGUAAAAAGAGUACUU